ACGUUACACCAACAUGUCCACCCUCCGCCUGACAGUUGCGGAUCCAUGACCGCUGACAUGGAAAUUUGUCAUUCGUGAAUACAAUACUUCGCUGCCGCCGUAAAGGUAGCACCGCAUUUAAAUCGAGGGCUUUGGUAUAUUUUAAUCAAAAACGAUGGCUCGGGUUGUGAAAGUGUUUCGGACUCUGCGGAACAACUGGAAGAAGUCCACAUUUGCUGUGUGCGUCCUGUCUUACGGGGGCCACUGGCUGUAUGGCAUACACUGUGACAGUGUUCUGAGGAAAGAGGCUUGUCUCGCCGCCAGGGAAUUCGGGCGUCAACUGAUAGCACCGCAGGAGCGUCUGAGGAAAGCGACAGUGAUCUUGAACCCUGCAGCUUGCAGUGGGAAAGCCAACAAACUGUUUGAAAAGAAUGCUGCUCCGAUUUUACACCUGGCUGGUGUGGAGAUUACAAUAGUAAAGACGGAUUAUGAAGGCCAGGCGAAAAAACUGAUGGAGCUCAUGGAACAUACGGAUGUGCUCAUCGUGGCCGGAGGGGACGGCACCUUGCAGGAAGUCGUCACAGGUUUACUGCGAAGACCGGAUCAAGACACAGUCUGUAACACACCGAUUGGAUUCAUUCCACUGGGCUCUCGCAAUUCCCUCAGUCCAAGUCUUCACCUCCUCAGUGACAACAAGGUCAAAGACAUUACAUCAGCAACACUGUCCAUCCUAAAGGGAGAAACCGUUCCUCUGGAUGUGCUGCAAAUCAAAGGGGAGAAAGAUCAGCCAGUCUUCGCUCUGACGGGACUACGUUGGGGUGCUUUUAGAGAUGUGGCUGCAACAAUCAGCAAAUAUUGGUACCUUGGACCACUGAAGACAAAUGCAGCACAUUGGCUGAGUACUCUACGGGAGUGGCCCCUGGUCCGCGAGGUCUCAGUGUCCUACCUGGCUCCCAGCCUACGGCCCCCUGACCUGUGCCCUCAGAAGCCCCCCAGACCUAACCUGCUGUACCGCAUCAUGCGCAGGCUCAAAAACCACUGGUACCCUCCUGUCGAAGAGCCUCCAAAAGUGGAAGAGCAAGAGCAGUGGAAGGAGGAGCAUCUGUCGACGUUGGAGCUGUUUAUUCAAACGCACAACAAAAACCCAGUGGAGAGGCGCAUAAAUGACUCCCUGAUGAUCUGUGCAGAACCGGACAACUUCACAGUGGGCGAGUACAUCACUGUCGGGAGUAAAAAAGAAGAGGACCCCGCUGUAUUCACCAAAGACUCCACAAAACUGGAAGCCAGUGCUUGCCAGCUGCAGCUGCCAGAGGGUGCUGCUGGCUUCUACAGCAUCGACAACGAGGAGUACGAGGCCAUGCCCGUAGAGGUGAGGCUGUUGCCGCGGAAACUCCGCUUCUUCAUCAGUGCAGAGCGCAGAGAGCAGCUCCUCUCACAGAUUCAGUGAUGGAAAAAAAACAUUGAACCAGAAAGGAGACAAAAGCAGAUUUGAAGAGAAACACGAAAGCAAAGAACCAGAUGCCGUGAGACUCUGAAGUUAGACGGAUGUCUGCUUUGCCAGCAGUUUUAAAUGCUCAUGACGUACUGAUGGAUUGUUUUACGACCUGUAAACAUUCAGUUGAACUAUUAUAAGGAGGAUUACAUGCUGUUUUAUAUUAAAGGACCAAGGCUUUGUUUCUUUAAGCCAGUAACCCGUGUAAUGGUUGUCUUACAAAAUGACUUUAUGUUUACUGAACAGUUUACUAUUCCCUUCACAUUUAAACUUGGUCAAUAAAAAAUAUUUCUGUCCAA